AUGGCGGAGCCAACGUUUACGGUGUACAUACGGCUGCCCAUUUCCCGGGGCGAGUUUGUCGACCCCCCACCUAUCCACUGGGACGCCGUUAAGGAUGACGAGCUUUGGAGCAUCAUCUCGGGCGCGGCCCAGACGGAGAUUGACUCUGUAGGUUCCUUUGUCCCGACCAGCAGAUGUCCGGCCUACGCUGACCCUUCGCCAUGUAGAGCGGCACGAUUCGAUGUCACCGUUGCUUUCCUGCUCCAGCAGGUCGCCUACCUCACCGACCGACACGCCGCCCAGCUGCGAGCCCAAGUCCGAAAGGCUACGGCCGCCGCUGCCGUCAAGACUGAUCCCAGUGCCAGCGGCCACGCGCGUACAGCCUCGGCGCUCUCCAUUCGUCGCGACUCACCCCUCCCUCACAGCGGCGGACCCGGCACGCCCGUCACGACCUCUCUCCUGCGCCCCAACAUUUCGCGCAACGCCUCCAACAGCACCGCCGUGCAAUCCCCCCGUCUCGCAUCCGCCCAAGCCCAGCGCCGCCGCCUGUCCUCCCUGCCCAUCGAGUCCACCACGACGGCCGCUGCUGCUGCCCCUGUUGCUCGCCGCGGCGCUAAGCAGUCUGGCAGUUCGGCAGACGAUGACGAAGACGACGACGACGACGAUGCGUCAGAGUCCGACUCAGACUCCGACUCGCUGCCAGCUCAGUCCCGCAUCAUCCGCCGUCCGCCACACUAUAAACCCUCCUCCCACCGCGACGGCGCCGGCGACUUUGGCGGCGCCGCCGCUGACAACGACGACGACACGGACACGGACGCAGAGCCCGCCUUCGGACAGCAGCAGCAGCAUCAACAGCCCAGCAGCCAGGACCUCGGCUCCACGCUACGCGGCGACCCGGGCGCGCGCCGCAGAGCCAAAGGCAAACACACAUCCACGGCGACGCACCGCUCCGAAACUUCAGACUCGUCGGCCACCAGCUCGCCGGCGUUUGCCGCCGGACCGGCCGCCGUGCAAGGCGGAGGUGACAGGUCUCGGACGCAGCAGGGCGCGGGCCACGCGGGCCCGCUUUCGCCUCGGAGGACGGCGGAGCUGAGCGGGAAGAGUCCCUCGCGAAGGGAGGGGAGCGACGGCACGCCGAGCAUGGGUAGCAGCUUUAGCGAUCUGGACGCUCAUAUAACUACACAAACUAACAAAGCCCUGCAGAUGCCUCGGUCACGCAGUCAGCUCUGGAGGAGGCUCUCGCCAGCAAGAUGCAGGACGGGGCCAUCGGCAGCAGGUUCAGCAUCAGCCAGGCGUUUAAGAGCCGCUACAGCACCAAGGGGUCCGGUCAGCGCUGAGCCUGGGCUUUGCGCUGUUUGCCAUUGGGGGUUCUUGCUUUUCGCUCACGUACGAAUGUUGCCGAGUGUGUGUGAACUCGUAGACCUUUUUUUUUUUGUCCUGAGAACUGGCUUUUCUGGCGAUAUUCAUGUUGACCGGCGUUCUGGGUAUGGAUUAUGA